CAAAUAUCUCUCCUAUGCACCCUGUCCCGAGGAUGGACAGAAACAACAACAAAUGUGUUCACAACCAGGCUGGAUACCAAUUAAUAUAAAAUGUAGACAGGAUUCUGACUGCCAACAAAUUCAAAAUCCAAAUGUGAAAGAGGUGAAUGUUGUGCACCCCCUUCUUCUGGUAGUGGGGGUACAAAUAAGGGAAACGAUGUUCCUUAUAUUAAAUGGGAAAUGUGUGAAAAUGGAGGUUAUUUUACUGGAAAAAAAUGUAGAGACACAAAUGAAUGUCUUAAUAAUCAACCAAAUAUACAACAAAUUUGUUUAA